CGCCGGGGCGGCGCCCUGCCAGCCCAUCGACAUCCCCAUGUGCCAGGGCAUCGGCUACAACCUCACCCGCAUGCCCAACUUCAUGGGCCACGAGAACCAGCGCGAGGCCGCCCUCAAGCUGCACGAGUUCGCGCCGCUGGUGGAGUACGGCUGCCACGUCCACCUGCGCUUCUUCCUCUGCUCCCUCUACGCGCCCAUGUGCACCGACCAGGUGAGCACCAGCAUCCCCGCGUGCCGCCCCAUGUGCGAGCAGGCCCGCCACAAGUGCGUCCCCAUCAUGGAGCAGUUCAACUUCGGCUGGCCCGAGUCGCUCGACUGCGGCAAGCUGCCCACCAAGAAUGACCCCAACGCGCUCUGCAUGGAGGCCCCGGAGAACGCCUCCGCCAGCGAGCCGCACAAGGGCCAGGGCAUGCUGCCCGUGGCCCCUCGGCCCUGGCCGGCGGGCACUGCCGAGGGCCGGGGGCCCAACAGCCUGGGGGCCUGUGACAACCCUGAGAAGUUCCAGUACGUGGAGAAGAGCCUCUCCUGCGCACCCAAGUGCUCCCCCGGGGUGGACGUCUACUGGUCCCGGGAAGACAAAGACUUUGCCUUCAUCUGGAUGGCUGUGUGGUCAACCCUGUGCUUCGUCUCCACCGCCUUCACGGUGCUCACCUUCCUGCUUGACCCACAUCGCUUCCAGUACCCUGAGAGGCCCAUCAUUUUCCUCUCCAUGUGCUACAACGUGUAUUCUGUGGCCUUCAUCAUCCGCUCGGUGGCAGGGGCCGAGAACAUUGCCUGCGACCGGGAGAACGGGGAGCUCUAUAUCAUCCAGGAGGGCCUGGAGAGCACGGGCUGCACCAUCGUCUUCCUUAUCCUCUACUACUUUGGCAUGGCCAGCUCGCUCUGGUGGGUUAUCCUGACCCUGACUUGGUUCCUAGCUGCUGGGAAGAAGUGGGGACAUGAGGCUAUUGAAGCCCACAGCAGCUACUUCCACAUGGCUGCCUGGGGCAUUCCAGCCAUGAAAACCAUAGUCAUCCUCACCAUGAGGAAGGUGGCAGGGGAUGAGCUCACGGGGUUGUGCUAUGUGGGGAGCAUGGACGUCAGUGCCCUGACUGGCUUCGUCCUCAUCCCGCUCUCCUGCUACCUGGUCAUCGGCACCUCCUUCAUCCUCACGGGCUUUGUUGCGCUCUUCCACAUCCGGAAGAUCAUGAAGACGGGAGGCACCAAUACAGAGAAGCUGGAGAAGCUGAUGGUGAAGAUCGGGGUCUUCUCCAUUCUCUACACUGUCCCGGCCACCUGUGUGAUUGUCUGCUACUUCUAUGAGCGGCUGAACAUGGAUUACUGGAACCUCCGGGCCCUGGAGCGUGGCUGCGCGCCCCUGCCUGGCAGGCGCGCCACCAACUGCUCCUUGGAGGCCUCUGUGCCCACCGUGGCCGUCUUUAUGCUAAAGAUAUUCAUGUCCCUGGUGGUGGGUAUCACCAGUGGAGUGUGGGUGUGGAGCUCCAAGACGCUGCAGACCUGGCAGAGCCUGUGCAACAGAAAGCUGGGCAUGAGGACGAGGGGGAAGCCGUGCAGCGGGGUCAGCUGCAGCGGGGUGCACUGUCACUACAAAGCCCCGACGGUCAUGCUGCAUAUGACCAAAACAGACCCUUAUCUGGACAACCCAACACAUGUCUAGAGAGCGGGGUCUGCCUCUCCCUGGGGACGACGCACCAGGAGAGCAAGUGUCACGGGUAAGGGACUAGGAGAGCGCGGCGGGAGCCUCCUGGCACU